AUGUAUAUUUUAUUUGUCUGUAUUCUGUUUUCAACGUCUUCGUCGUUACGGAACUUUUAGAUUAUUCUUAAGGUGCCUGUUCAAGCUAUCAGUAAAAAUCGAAACAGGAGCAAUCUGAAAUGUUUUACUGAUAGGCGUUUAUAAUAAUCACUAAAUUUAAGUUAUUAGUUUAGAAGAAUGUAUUAAAUAAUCACUUCGUUUUUAUCAAUUUUGCUGUUGACUUCAUUAGUAAUUUGUAUGAUGAUGCUACAGGAACAGCAAACAAUUGGAACGUGAUCAAUAUUUCAGGAAUUUUGCUGAUAUUUUGCAUCAGCUGAUUAGGAAAAAAAUUAAUUUCGUCAUUAAUUUUUUUGAAAUGCAUUGCCAAAAAAUGUGGCAUUGAUUAUAUUGCCAAAUUUGGAACAAUUCAUAUAAAAAUAUGGUCUUUAAAAAAAUGAAACAACCCAAAGCCUAUUCGUUCUCAAAGCUUGUUUACUCACUUUAGUUCCAGCUACUACAUUGACUUUAUGAAUUGCAAUAUUGUUAGUUUGGAAAAAAUUUUAUCAAACCUUAUGAGCUAAAAAACCCUUCAUGUUAUCUAUACUUUUUAUGAAAUAAGUUGUUGUCAAAUCGUAUGCAAGCGUAUCCGAGGAGAUUUAUAACUUUCGAGUUGCUAAGCAAAAAUACGUAGUUUGUUUACAUCUCAAUAUUUGAAAUGUAUGCCAAAUACAUAUCAUAUGUAAAUACUGUAUUUUUUUUUAAAUAAAUCAAAUUAAAUUUAGACUAGAAACUAAAAUGGGGGAGAAAAACGUAGAAGCUUUUCAAACUCUUGUACGCUAUGAUAAUCCAAUAUUGGUUAUUAAACAUCCCGAGAAAAAGGGAGCUGGAGAUGUUGAAAUAGCGAGACCACAAACAGCUGCAGUUGUAUUUGAUACUAAGCGCGAAACGGAAGAGAUUUUAAAUUCUAUUUUACCGCCUCGUUGUUGGGAACAGGAUGGACAGUUAUGGACACAAACAGUAUCAAGCACUCCUGCUACUCGUCAGGAUGUAAUUAAUCUUCAAGAGAUGUUAGAUACCAGACUCCAACAAACCCAAGCCCGUGAGACAGGAAUAUGUCCUAUUCGCCGAGAACUUUAUUCACAAUGCUUCGAUGAACUUAUCCGUGAAGUGACCAUCAAUUGUUCAGAAAGAGGACUUUUGCUACUUCGUAUUCGCGAUGAAAUCGCCAUGUCUAUGGAGGCCUAUGAAACUUUAUACUGUAGUUCAGUAGCUUUUGGCAUGCGAAAAGCUUUGCAGGCCCAUGAAGAAAAAGAACGUCUUCGAGAGAAAGUUAAACAACUCGAAAUAGAUAAAGAAUCACUCGAAGAGAUCAUAACCGACAUGAAGGUAAAGUCGGAGCAAAAUGAACGACGUUAUGCCGAACUUCGUGCCUCUGAAGAGAAAAAAUACGCCGAAGAGGUAGCGUUCUUGAAAAAGACAAAUGCUCAAUUAAAGGCACAAUUAGAAGGAAUAACUGCACCAAAGAAGUAA